AAUUGUCAAUGAAGUGUUGAGGCCAAUGGCCUCACGUCAGUUAAUCAAAAGACAAUGUUAUUAAAUGAGAGUGACCGUUGAUUGUGUCGGUGAAACUUCAGUAAUCAUUUUAAAUUAAGUAACAAUUUAGGAUUACACAAUAUUCAUUUAUUCAAGAGCAGGGGGUUAAUGAGAGAGAUGAUGAUGAUGAGGAUAAAGGAAGAUGAGAAACAUUAAAAUCUCUAUUUUUUGAUGAACAAUCUUGAAUCUUCAUUUGGAAUCAUCAUCAUCAUCAUUAUCCAUUUUAAUGUCAUAUUUGCAGGUUUCAUCUUCAUCCUCUUGUAAUCUGCUUCUCAUCAGCAUCUCAUUUAAUUGUUGUUUUAAUAGUUGAUUGUUGAUUAUCAAUCUUAAGCUCCAAUUUUAGUUGAUACCUUCUAGCAGGUUAUGUUAUUAAUUUUCACGUUCGCACGUCGACCUUGUUUCAGGCCACUUUUUCCAACUAAUAUUCCGGUGAUCAUUUUUAUUAUCAGUAUCAUCAUGUUGUUUAAAAGAUGAUGAUGAUGAUAAAGAUGCUGAAGAAAAUGAAAAGCCAAGUUCAUCAAACCCUCUCAAUAGCAUCAGGUAUCAACAUCCAUUUGAUGAGUAACAUAAACAACUGACCUAGUCCCAUCCUUUAACCUCCUCCUCCUCUCUCUCUCUCUCUCUCUCUCAACUGCCCAGUCCAUUUCUUUAAGGUGGACCCAAAGGUUUUCAUCAUUAAAAGUAUCAUGAAAACAAACUGGAAAUGAAAUGAAUCUGAAAUUGAAAAAAAAGAUCGAGAGAGAUAAUAAGAAAAGCGAGUAAAUGAAUUUUAUAUGUUGUUGUUUUGAUAAUUCAACAGGUUUCAGGUAAAAGGUUAGUGAAAGUUGUACAACUACUACUAUAAUUAACUAAAUUGUUGUAUCAUCAUCACAAUUUAGUUAAUAGUUGCCAGUUGAUUGAAUUGGUCAGUCUAAACAGAUAGGGAAUUGUUUGUGUUCACUUAGUAACGAAUUAACUUUUUUUACUGUUUAAAUGUUUCAACCGAAUCAACUUUUAUCUGGUUAUUAUCUUAUUGGAACAAUUAGUUGACAAUUAACUUGAGAAAUUAAAUUUGUUUUCUUUCAAUUCAAUUUCUAUUUUUAAAAUUGUGGAAAAAUAAUACAAACGAAAAUGAAAAUGUAUCCGAAUGAAAUUUUAAUUGGACUAUUAACUCUUAACCAUCUCACUGGAAUCAUUUUGUGCUCAGUUUUGUUACCAUCUAAUGGAUUAGUGUCUUCGACUAAAUCAUCACCUUCGAAAACAUUGGACAGUAAAGUGAUUAAUCCUCGAUCUUUAUCUUCAUAUUUACCACAAUCAUCAUCAUCAUCAUCAUCAUCAUCUUUACCUUUACCAUCUUCAUCAUAUCGAUCAUCAAAUCCAACUCUUCACCAUCUUCCAAGUCAUCAUCAAAUACCAUUAACACCGUUAAUCUCACCUAAUCAACCCCAUCUAUCUUCUGGCUUUAAUUCCGGAUUAGCCUCUGGAUUAAGGGCUAAACUGUCAUCUAUGUUACCUUUUUGGUCCAGAAAUAGUUCACCUAAAGCUGAAAAAAGAGCCUUAAAUUUGGUUCGUUUUAAGGAGCAAUAUCAUCGUGGCCUUCCCAAUGCAAUGGCUCUUUACAAUGCUCUUCUCCUUGAAUCUCAUGAACGCCGGUGGAUGUUAAAUGAUCCCUCUCUUCAUCAUCCUUAUCCUCCCGGUCAUCCAACCAACAGAAUGCAUGCCUCCGAAAGGAAGGUGGGAAAAGUUGUCAAUCGAAUAAUGUCCAAUUUCGUCGCCGAUUGUGUAGGUGUUGUCAUUACAGAAAUUUUCCGAAAAGUUGGUGAAAUUGCCGGUGAACUUGCUCGACUAAUGGUCAGCAAUACAGCUCAACAUUUCCUCGGUCGUGAACAACUCUCACUACGAUCAUCAUCAUCAUCAUCACUAUUAUCAUCUUCAUCAUCAAUUUUACCAUCACCAAGUAAAUCUGUUAGCCGGUUAAUCCAAGCAAUUAAACCCAAAACCUCAAGUGACAAGAAAACUGCCUAAUCUUUUGAAGCAGAUAAUCACAGUUACCAUUUCAAUCAACUUCAUCACCUUAAUUUACAAUUGUAAUCAACCCAUCGGAAAAUAUUGAUACAAUCAUAUUUCUAAUCACUUUAAUUGUUACCCAAGUAAAUCAACUUAUAAAAUAUAAUCUAAUUACAAUUGUAAUACUACUACUUGUAUAUUUAUCUGUGAUAUUAUGUUGACAUUUCAUUUAAUUGUAUCCAAAUCCUCAACUCUUAACAAUUGAUUGAUUAAUUGGUUAACUUUCAAACUAUUAUCAUUGAAAUUGUUAACCAAGAAAAAGUUUCAUCAUGAUUAACCAAUUAAUCAGACAAUUUAUAUACUAUAUAAUAGUAAAUUUCCAACAAUUAACCAUCUCGUUAAUUGUUAAUCAUUUUCUUUAAACAUGUUUUAUUUUUCUUAAUUGUUUGUGCUCUUAUAUAUUAAUAAAUAUAUUAGAUUUUCAUUUUGUAUUUGAUUAAUACUGUUAAUUAACUUGAGAGUUAAUUAAACUUGACAAUAAGUUUUUCUCAUAAUUUGGAUUGUUAAUUGUUGAUGAUCAUCAUUAUA